CACGAUCAUCGAUUGGGCCAUGCCGUGCGUCGUCAUAGCAAGGUCUGGUUGGGAGCAGAACUCGCCGACCUUCACGACUCGAUCCGGCUCAGCACAUCAGCGCUUAAUUUUCAAAAUAUAUUGGCAACAAACAGCAGGGUUGAGAUACAGCCACGCGGCGAUAGGAUGCCUUUCGGAAACAAGGCCAAAAAGUACUGGAUCGUGCCGCAAGAGUCCCUUGCACCCGACGACCUGGUGCUCGGCAGCAUUCUGAAGAAGCCCAACGACACAAUAGACAUUCUCAACCGCCGCGCGGUCGUGGCAAUCGACCCGGCGCUCAUCAUCCACGAGCGCGAACAAGUCACCAAGAGUCUUAGCGAUGCCCUUGAUUCCGGGUUUGGGGCGGGCAUGAGCGCCUCGUCGGUCCUCGCUGCGGUACUCGGCGCAUCGCCAACGCUCGAGGGGAACUGGGCCACGGGGGUUUCCGACCAGAUCGAGGCGACAAGGGUUCGCGCACAGCAUUUCGCGCCCCCUGCAGACUAUGUAAACAAAGCGCUGCGUACGCCGGAAACGGACAGCUACGUGCGGCAGUCCUUCUUCAGCGCCCCUGUGUACAUGGUCGUUGGGGUCGCGAUAGCAAGCACCUUGACGCGGACGGCAAACGCUUCAGCAGACAGAGGCGGCAAGGUCGGUGUAGGUCUCGGCCCGCCCGGAACGGGCGUCGAAGUGUCUGCCGAGUUGUCGGCGAACAGGAACACCAAGUCCAGCUACCACGACGCCGUCGAGGAGGAUGUCGUGUUGGCGUACCGCCUGCGACGGUUCCGCUACUCCAAGAGGCGGGACGAGUUUGUCAAGAAGGACGAAGACGAAACGAAGCACGCCAGGUACGGGACGGAUGAAGACGGCGCCCCGUCGAGUGACGACGACGACGAAGAUGUCAAUGAAAUUGCCGUUUUCUCAUUUUUCGAUGGCGAGGAUGUUGAGGCUGGCGGGGUUGGCAUGCAAGGGUUUGAGGAACCAGAUGGCGAGGAUGACUCGGAGUCGAGUGAGGACUGAGGAACUGAUAGCAUGCCUUUGGCCGAGGUCCCGACCCGCACGACGUAGCCUUGAAUAAGAGAGCAUACCCUCUGGCAAAUGCUAUGGGACUGGCUAUAGUUGAGCGCUGUGACACGACCCCGAUUAUCGUUAAUACCGACGUGUGGGGGGGUUUGCGGUCGAACGGCUCACAUCAGUCGAAUGUGCCCACCGUUGACUUGAUCAGACUUCAAAUACACAUGCGGCAACACUCACAACGUCAAACCUUGUUUGCUGGCUCGGAUGCGCAUCUCGAAGCCAUCUCCAGCAUAAUGUGGUUGGAAGAGGGUCAAAACGUUCGGGUAGAGCCCUACCACGGUGGUCUCGCAGCUUGAGCGGAGCCUGGAAUCUGUACGAAAAACGACCAGACGUCUAUUGUUUACCAUUCCUCUUUCCCCUAACAAUUGUCUCUCAU